AUGGCAUCGAAAGAAGUAACUCUCAGUUCCUUAUAUUCUGAUUUAAACAGACUUGGUCAGAAUGGUGAAUAUGAGAGAGCAUUAAAACUAACUAAUAAAAUUUUGACACAGGCACCAGAUGAAGAAGAAGCAUUUCAUUGCAAAGUUGUUUGUCUAAUUCAAUUGUCUAGAUUUCAAGAUGCACUUCAAGCUAUCCUUAGACAAAGUAAACUCCCCAAAGACAAUAUGAUUUUCGAAAAAGCAUAUUGUCAAUACAGACUCAAUCAGCCAGCAGAAGCAUUAAAAACUAUAAACACUUCAACUAAUUUGGAUCAAAAAUUAAAAGAAUUAAAAGCUCAAAUUCUGUAUAGAUUAGAGCAAUAUGAAGAAUGUUUUGAAAUGUAUAAAUCAGUUAUUAAAAACAGUAAUGAUGAUUAUGAAAAUGAAAGAGAAACAAAUUUAUCUGCUGUUGUCGCUAAUCUCUACCUAACAAAAUCAAAUAAAGAACUUCCCAAGCUUAAAGAAGAUACAUUUGAGCUAGCAUAUAAUGCUGCAUGCCAUUUAAUUGGCAAAGGAUUAUUUAUUGAAGCUGAAAAAAAAUUAAAAGUGGCAGAAAAGUUAUGUAGAGAGGCAUUAGAGGAAGAUGGAACUCCAGAAGAAGAUAUCGAAGCCGAAGUAGGAAUAAUCAGAGGACAACUUGCAUAUUGUCUUCAAAUGCAAGGAAGAGAAAAAGAAGCUCAAACGAUUUACAAUUCCAUUCUUAAAUCUAAGCCAAGCGAUGUUGGUCUCAUAGCCGUUGCGAGUAACAAUUCUCUCACAAUAAACAGAGAUCAAAAUUUAUUCGAUUCUAAAAAAAAAAUGAAAAAUGCAACUGCCGAAGGAGUCGAACACAAGUUGAGUACAUUGCAAAAAAAAAACAUAGCCUUCAAUCAAUGCUUAUUAACGGUGUAUACAAAUCAAGUUGAAUUGGGCAAAACUCUUUGCAAUAAAUUAGCUCAAACUUAUCCGGAAUAUGCGGCGGAUGCUGCCUUGGUACAAGCCGUGCAGUUGUCGAGAGACAACAAAAUCAAAGAAGCCGCUAAUUUAUUAGAAAACUACGCGAAAAAACACAAAGAAAGAGAAUUGGAUAUGAAACUUGCUUCUGUUCAAAUAAUGCUUACCGCCGGUGAAAAAAGAGAGGCGUGUAGGAUAUUGGAAUCGCUGGAUGAAAACAAGGUUCGACCAGGUAUAAUAAGUGCCUUAGUUACGUUAUAUUUAUCGGAGGACAACCGUGCCAAAGCUUCGGAAAUAUUCAAAAACGCCGUUGAUUGGUAUAAAAAUAGAAGUCAGUCGAAUAAAGGAAAUUUAAGCGCAUUGUGGAGACAAGCCGCGGAUUUUCAUUUGAGAAGCGGAGAGCCUCAAGUGGCAGCUAACAGUUUAGAAGAAUUGUUGAGGUUGAAUCCGAGUGACAAUAAAACUUUAGCUCAAUUGGUCAUUGCCUACGCACAAUUCGAUUCGAAAAAAGCUCAAAAUCUAAGUAAGCAAUUGCCACAAUUGAACUUGUCGAAGUCUUCGGAGGUGGACGUUUUAGAAAAUUCGAAUUGGAUGAUGGGAACGAAAGUCAUUAAAAAAGUUGCUAAAGUCGAAGCCUCUCCGAAACCGGGAACGCCGGGCGGAGACGAACUCAUAAAAAAGAAAAAGAAAAAUAAAAAGAAGAAAGGAAAAUUACCGCAAUACUACGAGCCGGGAGUCAUGCCCGAUCCUGAAAGAUGGCUUCCUCGUCAUCAAAGAACGGGAUACAAAAAGAAAAAAGAUCGAAGAGGGGGUAGAGACGUGGGAAAAGGUACACAAGGUUCGGCGACCGGAGCAAGCGAUUUAUACGACAUCACUAAAAAUCAAAAUUUGGGUUCGAAAAAUUCUCCAAAUCCAAGCAGUCCAAUAUCAGAAAGUCAAGGACCUAGACAGCAAAAGAGAAAGUACCAACAGAAAAAGAAGAAGAAGGGUGGAAAGUAUUGA